AGACUUCAACCUUUUAAUAGUAUGCGUUGGUACGUAUCGUGUUGUAUUCUUGUAACCGUGUGAGAAUUUUCAUUAAACUCCCGUUUACAAAAUUGCUUUGAAGUUUAUUUGCUUAUUUCUGUAUAUCUUAUUUGCAAUGGAACGAAAGCUUUUCUUGGGCCAAUUCUUGAUAUUGGUGAUAUUACUGUUGGGGCAUCUACAUGGAUGCACAAGCUGCGUUGAGAAAGAGAGAAAAGCUUUGUUGGAGCUCAAGAAAUACCUUAUCUCACUGAGUGUAGAUUGGGGAUACGACACUGUUCAACCUACUUGGACUAAUGAUACAAAAAGUGAUUGCUGUCGGUGGGAGGGCCUUGAGUGCAAUCGUACAAGCGGGCGGGUUAUCGGGAUAUCCAUUGGUGACAUGAUGUUUGAAGACUUCAGUUCUCCCCUAAAUAUUUCUUUACUACAUCCUUUUGAAGAGAUUCGAAGUCUGAGCCUAUCCGUCGAACGGAACGGAUUUAAUGGCUUCUUUGAUGAUGUUGAAGGUUAUAAAAGCUUAAGGAGACUAAGAAACCUUGAGAUUUUGGAUCUCUCUUCAAACCGAUUCAACGACAGCAUAUUUCCCUUUCUUAAUGGUGCUGCAUCACUUAAAACUCUUCUUCUUCACAAUAACUUGAUUGAAGGCCCUUUUCUUGCUGAAGAACAAAAAGACUUGACAAACUUGGAACUGUUGGAUCUGAGUCUAAACAUUUUUAAGGGCUCCUUGUCAGAUUUUACUCACCUCACAAAACUGAAAACUCUAAAUCUAAGUUCCAAUUACUUGUCUAGCUCAAUGGAAUUACAAGGACUAGAAAAUUGGACAAACUUGGAACUGCUGGAUCUGAGUCGAAAUUUUCUAAACGGCUCCAUGCUAGAGUUUUCUUACCUCAAAAAGCUGAAAGCUCUAAAUCUAAGUUCCAAUGAUUUUUCUAGCUCUAUGGAAUUGCAAGAACUAAAACACUUGAUCAACUUGGAACUGCUAAACCUUGCUCAAAAUAGUUUCAGUGGACCUAUACCAGUAGAAGUAUUUUGUGAAAUGAAGAAUCUGCGGGAGCUUGAUCUGAGUGAAAAUCAUUUUCUAGGCCACAUUCCUCUUUGUCUAGGCAGUUUGAAGAAGCUACGAGUUCUCGACCUAUCAUCCAACCAAUUUAGCGGAAAUAUACCAUCUAGCUUCACUAGCCUUGAGUCCCUCGAAUAUAUUUCAUUGUCAGAUAACAACUUCACAGGCAUAUUCUCUCUCAACCCACUCACCAACCUCACAAAUCUCAAGGUGUUAAAACUUUCAACAACGUCCUCGUCGACUGAUACGCUACAAGUAGAGUCAGAGAGUACUUGGCAGCCAAAAUUUCAGCUCAGUGUUGCUGUGCUACGAUCUUGCAGCUUGAAGAAUAUCCCUUCCUUUUUUUUGCACCAAAAAAACUUGCGUCUGGUUGAUCUAUCCAGCAACAAAUUAUCCGGAAACGUUCCUACUUGGCUGCUGGAGAAUAAUACACAACUUGAAGUCUUACUGCUGCAGAACAAUUCAUUCACUACCUUCCAGCUGAUGAUGCCUACUACAAUAGUGCAUAAUAAUUUGCAAUUAUUGGAUUUUUCAGCAAAUGAUAUUAGUGGACUGUUCCCUGAUAACAUCGGUCGUCUGCUUCCGUCUAUUGUACAUAUGAACGGCUCAAAUAAUGGAUUCCAAGGGAUUUUUCCAUCGUCAGUGGGCGAGAUGAAGAACAUUUCGUUUCUUGACCUAUCUUACAAUAACUUCUCCGGCAAGUUACCUAGAAGCUUUUUCACCGGCUGUUUUUCACUUAAAUACCUGAAGCUCUCUCACAACGGAUUCAUUGGCAACGUUCCUCCCAGAGGAACAAACUUCACUUCGUUGGAUGUGUUGAGAAUAGAUAACAACUUAUUCACAGGUGAGAUCGGUGUUGGUUUGCUUAGCUCCAACGCUACAUUGUCGAUUCUAGACAUGUCCAACAAUCUUCUCACAGGUGCAAUCCCGAGUUGGAUAUCUAACCUAUCUAAUUUGGAGUUCUUAUUGUUAUCAGAUAAUAACAUCCAAGGCACAGUACCACCUUCUCUGGGGAACAUGUCCUCAGUUUCAUUCUUGGACCUCUCUGGAAACCUAUUCUCUGGAGCCAUACCGUCAUACCUUGGUCACUACGUGAGAUAUCUCUUCCUACAAGACAACAACUUCACAGGACCGAUUCCGAAUAAUUUUUUGGAACGUCGUGUCCGAAUACUCGAUCUGCGGGACAAUAAGCUCUCUGGGAGUAUCCCUGAGUUUGUGAUCAGUACUACCGACUCGGAGGAGGAUCCUCCAGAGCUAAGUAUUCUUUUGUUGAGGGGAAACAGUUUAACAGGACCGAUUCCAAAGCAGCUGUGUGAUAUGAGAAUCAUUAGAAUUUUAGAUCUUUCGCAUAACAAGCUCAACGGUUCCAUACCUUCAUGCCUCUACAACUUAUCAUUUGAUCUCGGAGUCGCGGAACAGGAUACGAAUAUCUACAUUGGGAGAGAUUAUAACAAUCCCACAAGCCUUCGGUUUGAAUAUUACAAAUCCACAUUUGUGGUUGAGAAGCUUGUAGUAGACUACACUAGCUAUCAUGAAAUUGAAAUAAAUUUUGCAACAAAAGAAAGGUAUGAUUCUUAUACCGGAGGAACUGAGUUCAAUGAAGGUGUGCUUGGCUAUAUGUAUGGAAUGGAUCUGUCAAGCAAUGAGUUUAGUGGUGUGAUCCCAGAAGAGCUUGGAAACCUCUCGAGAGUGCGAGCACUUAACCUCUCUCACAAUUUCUUGUCUGGUUCGAUUCCAUCCAGCUUCUCCAAUUUAAAGGAUAUUGAGAGCCUUGAUAUUUCCUACAAUGAGUUGCAUGGAAUCAUUCCUCAGCAGCUAACCAGCCUUGUUUCUCUUGCUGUGUUUGAUGUGUCUUACAACAACUUAUCAGGAAUCGUUCCCCAAGGAAGGCAGUUUAAUACCUUUGACAAGAACAGCUAUGUAGGGAAUCCUCUUCUUUGCGGACUACCUACCGAUAUAAGUUGUGAUGAGGCUACAGAGAGGUCAGAGGAAGAGGAUAAUGGAAGGGAAGAAGAAGAGGACGAGGAAGUUAUUGACAUGUUGGUAUUCUAUUAUAGCACUGGUGCAACUUAUUUGACGGCGUUGAUAUGCAUUCUUCUACUUAUGUGCUUUGAUUGUCCUUGGCGUCGAUCAUUGCUACGCCUUAUUGAUGCUUUCAUCGCUCUAGUAAAAACUAUGUUUCCUUAAAAUCAUUUGAGCCAAAUGUGGAAUCUUAUCGCACAACAUGUUUUCUAA